AACGUUGCAGCAGCUUGCUAGCUGCUUGAAAUCUGCUAUAACACUUUAGCCCGAAUUCACGUUUUAUCUUUGUUGUAUUCUAGCCAGCCAGUCUCGCUCUCUGUGCGUGUGAAAAAAUGACCCAAUUGUCAUUCUAAAAGUAAAUAUACCUUUAACAGAGAACGACUCAAUUCUUUUUAUUUUAUUUAACUAGGCAAGUCAGUUAAGAAUAAAUGCUUGUUUAGAAUGACUGCCUACACCGGCCAAACCCGGACGUGCGCCGUCCUAUGGGACUCCCAAUCACUGCCGGUUGUGAUACAGGCUGGAUUCGAACCAGGAUGUCUGUAGUGACGCCUCUAGCACUGAGAUUCAAUGCCAUAGACCGCUGCACCACUCGGCAGUUAGUUACUUGAGAAAAAGAGCUGGAGAUCCAUUCCCUGACUGCAGAGCUCGAGAGCCUGAAGAACCCACAGUGCCUGGGUUUGUCCUCGCACCUGGAUGGGCUGAGAGAGGAGAAUUCCAAGCUCAAAUACCGCCUCAAUGUCCUCAAAAGGAGUCUGCAGGAGGAGAGGAGCCAGUGUAGUAAAACCAUGAUGAACAUCAACCAGCGCCUGCAGGAGAUCUUUGGGGAGGCCAUCCGGGAGGCCUGUCCCGACCUGGAGAACCCUCCCCUGGCCGUCACCCCCAACCAGCAGGCCAAGUUUGGGGACUACCAGUGUAACAGCGCUAUGGCCAUGGCCCAGAUGAUGAAAUCAAAGGGCCUGAAAGUGAACCCCAGGCAGAUCGCUGAGAAUAUUCAGCAGAACAUUCCUGACAAUGAGCUCAUUGAGAAGACAGAAAUAGCCGGACCAGGGUUCAUCAAUGUUCACCUUAAGAGAUCGUUUGUGUCCAAACUGCUGACCAACCUGCUACUCAACGGUGUCCAACCUCCUCCCUUAGAGAGCAAGAAGAAGGUGGUUGUGGACUUUUCAUCUCCUAACAUCGCCAAGGAGAUGCACGUAGGUCACCUGCGCUCCACAAUCAUUGGGGACAGCAUGUGUCGUCUCUUUGAGUUCCUGGGCUACGACGUCUUGAGGCUGAAUCACGUAGGGGACUGGGGCACCCAGUUUGGGAUGCUCAUCGCUCACCUGCAAGACAAGUUCCCAAACUACCUGACCGUAUCCCCUCCUAUUGGAGACCUGCAGGCCUUCUACAAAGAGUCUAAGAAGCGUUUUGACGAGGAGGACGACUUUAAGAAGAGGGCCUACCAGUGUGUGGUUAAGCUGCAGAGCAAAGACCCAGCUUUCAUCAAAGGAUGGAACCUCAUCUGUGACGUUUCCAGGAAUGAAUUCCAGAAGAUCUACAACUGUCUGGACAUCCAGAUCAUCGAGAGAGGAGAGUCCUUCUACCAGGAGAAGAUGACCGCCGUGGUCAAAGAGUUUGAGGCCAAAGGCCUGGUGGAGAUGGAUGAGGGCCGUAAGAUAGUGUUUGCCCCGGGCCAGCAGAUCCCCCUGACGGUGGUGAAGUCUGAUGGUGGCUACACCUACGACACAUCAGACCUGGCCGCCCUGCGCCACCGGCUCUUUGACGAGAAGGCAGGCAUCAUCAUCUACGUGACGGACAGCGGCCAGGGCACCCACUUCCAGGUAGUGUUUGCAGCGGCUCAGAUGAUUGGCUGGUACGACCCCAAUGUGACACGAGUGGAGCACGCUGGUUUCGGAGUGGUGCUGGGCGAGGACAAAAAGAAGUUUAAGACUCGCUCCGGGGACACGGUGAGGCUGAUGGAUCUGCUGGAUGAAGGCCUGAAGAGGUCCAUGGAAAAACUCAAGGAGAAGGACAGGGACAAGGUUCUGAGCACGGAGGAUCUGACCAAGGCCCAGCGCUCGGUGGCGUUCGGCUGCAUCAAGUAUGCCGACCUGUCUCACAACCGCGUCAACGACUACGUGUUCUCCUUCGACAAGAUGCUGGAUGACCGGGGCAACACGGCCGCCUACCUCCUCUAUGCCUUCACCCGCAUCAGGUCCAUAGCCCGGUUGGCUAACAUCGACGAGGCAACGCUCCGUAAAGCAGCAGAGACCACGGAGGUGCUCUUGGAGCACGACAAGGAGUGGAAGUUGGGCAAGUGUCUCCUGCGCUUCCCUGAGAUCCUGCAGAAGAUCCUGGAUGACCUGCUGCUCCACACGCUGUGUGACUACCUGUAUGAGCUGGCCACGACCUUCACAGAGUUCUACGACAGCUGUUACUGUAUCGAGAAGGACCGCCAGACAGGUGAGGUGGUAAAGGUCAACAUGUGGAGGAUGCUCCUGUGUGAUGCCACUGCCGCCAUCAUGGCCAAAGGCUUCGACAUCCUGGGCAUCAACCCUGUCUCCAGGAUGUGACCUCAUCACAGUGACAUUACAAUGCCAUCCUCCCAUCUCCUCGGACGACAGAAAAAAAGAGCCUCUUCAACUCAUUAACGUCACCUGGGAUCUUACUGUAUACCGAAUAAAAUAAAAAUUACUGCUUGUAAAAAAAUAAAAAGGAUCUGGCACCCU